AUGUCUAUAAUACAUGCGUUGAAGGUGGCGUGGUCAGCGGCGGUGGGCAAGGGCGAGACGGUGGUGGCGGCGCUCACGAGACUGGACGACGAGAUUGCCAGUAGUGAACGCUCGCACCCCGCCGCACGACUCGCAGUCGUUACUGCUGAGAUGGAGAGUAUACACCAGGAAAUCAAAACAUUCGAGGAGACAACCAGUGCUGUGACUAAUAAAGAUAACUACGCCAAAACUAUCCAUCAGCUGUUCGUAAGUCUAGAUCUGUACAGACGUCCCGUGUUGGCCUCAGAAAAUGAGGACUUUAUUGCAAAUGUAAAUAGAAAGGAGAUGCGUCGCCUGGAGCUGAGCUGGCUGCAGUCACGCUACAAUGAGCUGCAGCGCGAGCGCCGCGUUCUGCACGCACAGAUCCUGCGCACACGCACGCUAUACGCACAACUUUACCAGCUUAUUGACAGCGUAUGGGGCAAUACCCUGCGACCAGGUACGCCACUAGAAACCGCGCUGUCGAGAGCAAGCGCCCUGCGUGAUGCGCUGGCCUCUGUGAGCACGAAGCUCCGCGCCGCCGCUGAAUAUGCGCACGCGGCCGCGCGCUUGUUGGAUGAUGCUUUGCCCGCCUGGAAACUCACCUCAGUUGGCAAGAGCGGGUGGGAGCGCACUGCAGCAUGCGCGGACACAUGCGCUUUGUUGGUGCGCGCGCGCUGCACGGAGCGCGGCGCGCGGCGCGUGUUGUCCGCGCCCGCGGCGCCCCGGGCAGCACGUGCGCUGCGGCUGGCACUCGACUACGCGUUUACAGACGCUCUCCACGAUCAAAAAUAUCAACGAGCGACUGAAACAUUCGUGCAGUUCAAAGAAGCUCUCAUACAACUCAUAAAUUCUAUUCAUCAGGUGUUAUUGAACAACUUGGAGAACCUCGCGGUGGCAGAGAAGGACGUGGUCAAGUACCGUCGGCAGCUACGGGCGGCUAGAGUCAACGCUAUCGUACAACGUGGGCUGGCCGACUUGCACUACGAGCCCAGAGCACUCACCACGUUGAAAAGCCAAUGA